AUGAUCGCCGCUCCCGUGCCACCCACAACCCACGGGGUCGCAAAGCCCCAUCGGCUCCGGCUGAUGCGCUCAACCCGAAAACUCGCAGCGCUCCUCGGCACGACCCCCGUCCUCCUCGAGUCCGCGCCGCCGUCCCUCCCAUCCUCCCCCAUCAGCGCUGAACACCCGCUGUCCGCUGCGGAUGCAUACGACUCCGACCCCGGCGCCGCGUCCUCGCUCACGCACACCUUCCCCCCACGCACGGAAUCGCCGUCGCUCGUGCACCCGCGUUCGCCCCAGAGCGGGAGCAGCAGCAGCGGCAGCCACGGCAGCCGGCCGUCAACGUCCUCCGGCGACACGCGUCCCGUGCGGCCGACCCUGUUCCUGCGGCACACCAACUCCGUCACGGGCCCGCGCGUGCGGGUGGACUCGCAUGGGUGGGGCCGCCCGGCGACGCUGCCCGGCACGCUGCCGUCACCUGUCUCGCCGACGGCGCCGGAGAACGAGGCGGAGCACCGGCGGCGCAAGAUGGCGCGCGUGAUGCGCACGCUGGGCGAGCGCGUCCCCGUGGAUCUGGUGUUUCCGGCGUCGCCUGUCACAUCGGUGUCUGAUGCGGGGUCGGACACGCUGUGCGAGGGCGAGCUCGGCGCGGGCGCGGGGAAGUCGUCUUCGUCGUCGUCGUCGUCGUCUUCCUCGGCAUCGAUGUUUUCCGAGGCGUUCAGUGAUGGGGACGAGGAGCUGUGGGUAGCAGAUCUCAAGGCUUUGUCAAGAGAUCGUGGUGUUCGCAGUCCCGAGCCGACCUCUACCCGCCCGUCAUUGUCUUCUGCCGCCGUUUUCUCAAUCUCGGCUGACAAGGCCGCCAAGAACCUGCGCAAGCGGUCCAUUCAGCGCGGGGGCCCCGGGUGGACAGGUGAAUGGAACGUCGACGAGCAGUCGCUCAUGAAGGGGUUGAGGCAGCUCAAGUGA